AUGUUCUCAUCGGCUUCACUUCCUGCGCAUCUUUUGGCGCGUUCCAGUCGUGUUUUUCCUCGUGUCAUUCCUGCAAAUGCGCGUGGACGCCUGGCGCGUUUCAACUCUACGCUCGCUGACAUCGAGGCGUCAAAAGUGGAAGUGAGGGUGACAAGCAGUCCUAAAACACCUCCGGAUACUGAUGCCAUUCCCUUCGGCCACUCAUUCACUGAUCAUAUGCUCACUAUCCCUUGGAAUGCUGCCACCGGAUGGGGUGCUCCUCAAAUACAACCAUACGGGCCAUUUACAAUGAUGCCCAGCUCGUCUGUAUUCCACUAUGCAACGUGUUUAUUCGAAGGGCUCAAGGCGUACCGGAAUGACCUCGGCAAGGUCACGCUUUUCAGGCCAGAUAUGAAUAUGAAGCGUAUGAACAUAAGCGCUCAGCGAGCAGCAUUACCAAAUUUCGACGGGGAUGCUGUGAUUGAACUCAUCAAGCAACUCGUUCGGUUAGACAAACACUGGAUUCCAAAUAGACCUGGAUACAGUUUGUAUAUUCGACCUACGUUAAUCGGCUCACAGCCAGCCAUUGGUAUUCAUCCUUCUACGGAGGCACUGCUGUUCGUAAUAUGCACUCCUGCGGGUCCGUAUUUCCCGCAAGGCUUCAAACCUGUUGCUCUUAUUCCACCAACGUCACUCGAUCCAGGCACUGGCGCCUACAAACUGGGAGCGAACUACGUAUCUGGUCUUGCUGCGCAAAGUAAAGCUUAUAAAGAAGGUUACGUGCAGAAUCUUUGGUUGCAUGGACCUGAGCACUAUGUCACGGAGGUAGGCACUAUGAACGCGUUUGCUACUCUCAAACGUCCGGAUGGGGCGCUCGAGCUUGUCACUCCUCCAUUAGACGGGAUGAUCCUGGCAGGUAUCACGCGUGAUUCUGUGUUGAGUCUUGCAAGAGAUCAUGCGUCGGGUAAAUCGAAAAUGGAUGGCCUUCCGGAGCGACUGAUCGUCACGGAACGAUCCUUUACGAUGAGCGAAGUCAAGCAGGCGGCACAGGAGGGCAAUCUCGUCGAGUUUUUCGGUACAGGCACUGCUGCUACUAUCAGUUCUGUGGACCGGAUCGGAUACUUGGGCGAGGACGUCCACAUUCCUACGGGGCCUGACGGCAUGGGACCGGUGGCCCGCGCGGUCUUCCAGCACUUGGCGGGUAUCCAGAGGGGAGUGGUUUCCCAUCCAUGGAGUGUGGUUGUUUCCGAGUAG